AUGGCAACUUCACUUCUAGGGGAAGAACCGCGUCUCGGCUCCACUCCACUGGCCAUGCUUGCCGCUACCUGCAACAAGAUCGGCAGUCCCAGCCCAUCGCCGUCUGUCCUGUCCGACAGUACCUCAUCUUUCGGCAAAGGCUUCCAUCCGUGGAAACGUUCGUCAUCUUCGGGAAGCUGCAACGUGGUGGGCUCCACUCUAAGUGGCGUCGGAGUCUCGGCCUCGACCCGUAACGGUUCUUCAGCUCACGCCGCGGCUGCGGCCGCGGCCGCGGCUGCGGCGGCCGCCCUAGUCUCGGACUCUUUCAGCUGCGCCGGCUCGCCUGGAUCCAGCGCCUUCUCACUCACGUCGAGCGGCGCGGCGGCCGGCUCGCCCUUUGCCAACGACUACUCGGUAUUCCAGGCGCCCGGGCCGUCGGGAGGUGGUGGCGGCGGCGGCGGCGGCGGCGGCGGGGCAGCUCCUGACACAGCUGCCGCUCAUCAGCCGGUAUUCAUCUCCAAGGUGCACACCUCGGUGGAGGGUCUGCAGGGCAUCUACCCGCGCGUGGGCAUGGCGCACCCCUACGAAUCCUGGUUCAAGCCGUCGCACCCGAGCGACGCGGGCGCCUCCAGCUGGUGGGACGUGGGCGCCGGCUGGCUGGACGUGCAGAACCCCAACGGCGUCCACCCGGCCGCUGCCGCGGCCAGCGGUCUCCAGGCGGGUUCCCUACAUUCGCCACUGGGCGCCUACAACUCGGAUUAUUCUGGCCUGGCGGGCCACUCGGCCUUCAGCAGCAGCGCCGCCUCCUCACACCUCCUCAGCCCAGCCGGGCAGCAUCUCAUGGACGGAUUUAAGCCGGUGCUGCCGGGCUCAUACCCGGACGCGGCCCCCUCGCCACUGACGUCCGGAGCCGGAGCCUCCAUGCUGGGCGCCGGACCCUCCGCGCCACUAGGCGGCUCCCCGCGCUCUUCGGCCCGUCGCUACUCGGGCCGCGCCACUUGUGACUGCCCCAACUGCCAGGAGGCGGAGCGGUUGGGCCCGGCGGGUGCCAGCCUGAGGCGCAAGGGCUUGCACAGCUGCCACAUCCCCGGCUGCGGCAAGGUCUACGGCAAGACGUCGCACCUCAAGGCGCACCUGCGCUGGCACACGGGCGAGCGGCCCUUCGUCUGCAACUGGCUCUUCUGCGGCAAGCGCUUCACGCGCUCGGACGAGCUGCAGCGCCACCUGCGCACGCACACGGGCGAGAAGCGCUUCGCCUGUCCGGUGUGCAACAAGCGCUUCAUGCGCAGCGACCACCUCAGCAAGCACGUCAAGACUCACAGCGGCGGCGGGAGCGGCGGCGGCGGGAGCGGGAGCGGCGGCGGCUCGGGGGGCGGCAAGAAGGGCAGCGACACCGACAGCGAGCACAGCGCUCCCGGCAGCCCGCCCUGCCACUCACCGGAGCUGCUCCAGACCCCCGAGACGGGCCACCGGAAUGGCCUGGAGUGA